UUAACUAUGCAAAUGUUGAUGGAAGUGAAGGAGAUGAAGAAGUUGAAGUCUAUGAAGCAAUUAGAAAUAAACCAUCCAACUCUCGACAACAAGGACCUAUUACCCGCUCCAUGAAAAAGAAAUCACCUGGGAAUACUGAACCUAAAAUCUUAGUUGACUUUGAAACUAAUCCCUACGAAUCAAAUGACGAAGUAAUGGAGGAAGUUCGACCAAAAACUACACCAGUAAACAAGCCCGUAAAGAAAACCCGAGCUAAACGACAGCCUUCAAUUAUCGAUGAAAUGCCCCCAGAAGUUAAAACGUGUGACACUGAUGAAAAUCCCGCCCUGUAUCUAACUGAAACUGUUGAACCCGAAACACCUGAAAAGACUACUUAUCAAACUGGUGUUUUAAAUGAAAACCAGGAACCAGUCGCUGAUAAAUUAUUCACUGAAUUCGUCGAUGU